CAACAAGUCAUGUUACCGAUGGAGUAAAGUUUUUUCUACAUAUUCGACAAAAUUUUUAUUGCUACAUAACUGAAGUUAUCUGUUGUCUAAUCACGUUAUGGUUAAAUAGAGAUAUGUUACACAUUCCCGACGAACUCUCAGCUUGUCUCAAGGAAACACUAUCGAAAGAACAAUCUACGAGCACUCUAGAACAACAGUUGCCCCAUAUCCGACAUGUUCUUUUAAAGCUAUUACAAGGAUUCAAGAGGAAACAAUCUCUACUGCGUGAACGUUUUGAGCCUUCAUUGUCAGCCAAUUCUCGAUUGCUCGCCAGAGCCCAACAACGCCAUUUAUCACCGUUGAGAACUCUGUCAACUACUGUGAUGCCAUUACCUUCACCCUCGACUUCUACUGAGUAUAUGACAGCAGUGUCAGGACAACAUAAUAUACCAACCAUUACGACCAGUCAGUCUAUACCUCAAACACCUGUUUCUCCCGAAGCAACUGCAGUAGCAAAUGCCGCAAUGAAAGAAGAGGGCCUGGCAGAUGAAGUGGAUAUGAACGAUCCUUCUACGAGAAAUGCUAUGAUGUUCUUGUCGUUACAGUCCAAUUUGGCAAGACGAUCUUUGGUACGUAGAACGUCACAGCAAAAAGUGGAUAGGAACAGUCGUUCGAGUACUACAUUCACAGAUGAAGAGGAAGCUGACGACGACUCAAGUAGUAUGAAAGAAAAGGCAUUGAAAAUCUAUUUGAAAAAGGGUGAUAGAAUAAAAAGGACAUUCAUUACGCCUGAAAGUAUCAACUUGGAGCGAAUAAAGGAGUUAUUUCAACGUACUUUUCCAAAUGAUCCUGUCAUGUUUGACGAUCAAGACGGCAAUAAACAUGCUAUUAUUUCUAUUUUGGACCCUGAAUCAAACGUGGAAUAUGAAUUAGACGACCUUAAAGAUAUAAAACCUUACUCUAUAUUAUCUAUGAAGGACAACACAGCAAGUACUACAGUGACGAAGAAUAUUGUAGAAGCGACCGUACAAGAAAUGUUACAAAAAUUGAAUAUCUGUACAGAUGUGAAUAACGAAAAUGGCAACAAUCCCAGUGCAACCCCCACGAUACCCAAGAAUCACCAGCAAUGGGUGGAACAGCAAAAAGAAAUUGAAGUAUUACGUCAUGAACUGGCCCAUAUGAAAUUAACUUAUCACGAUUUAAAGAAAGAGACGGAUCAGAUCAUUAAGAAAUUAAAAGGCCAAAACAAUAAAAUCUCAGCUCAACAACAGCAGCCAACAAUCGUAAUGAAUUUGGAUGAAAAGCAGCGUGCUGAGAUGAACGAAACAAGAGAAGUAACACAAAAGGCUGCGACUUUGAUAACCAACCGAUUGGAAAGAUUACAAGAUACCAUUGAUCAGUUGAAAGCUGAUGUAACACAGCGUCGCUGUCGACCUUCUAAACAGCAGCUGCGGUAUUGUCAAGAAGAAUCCGGCAAAUUGAAGCAAGAAAUGGAUGUGCUAAAAAAUAAGAUACAGACGUUCAAGCCAGUCUGGAAAAAGACAUGGGAAGUGGAAUUGCAGCAGAUUGUCAAAGAACAGCAAUUCUUAAAGGAGCAAGAGGGCUUGCUCGUGGAUUUAAACGAUGAUCAUAAAGCCUUGAAUGAAGUUCUGGAGCAAUUAAUGAAAAUUUCAGAGAUCCACGAACGUAAAAAACAGUUUACAGACUAUUCAUUCAUCAGCAAGAAUAGCGAGGAGCAACAAGGAGGAAUGAAAGGUAUGACAAGUGUCAUGAAAGAGGUAUCUACCAUUCACGUAGAUCACACGCGUCGAUUGAAGGCUUUGGAACAUGCAGAGAAGCAGAGGGCUAAAGAAUUAGCACAACGUAUCGAUGCUUUUGAAAGAGAAUUGACUGAUUUUGUCGGCUUGCGUAAACUGAAGAAAACAGGUGGAGCUGAGGCCAUUGAUAAGCGAAGACAGGAGAAGGACAAUCUCAUUAGAAAACAGAUUUUUGCUCAGCAACGUCAACUAUCUGCCAGUAGUAUAAGUAGCGGCAUGGGGGUUGUCAAUAGUGAUGAAACGCCUCCAGCCCCUUCUGUUACCACAGAGGAACCACAGCAAUUGCAAAUGGAUCAAAACCAAGAUCGUGUUACAUUUGAUUCGUCUCCUAUUACAAAUGCACAACGAGAAACCGACGAUGACGACAUAGACGAAGAGAAUUUUGUAGAGGCGGAGGAGCACCUUCCUGAAGCAUGAAGAUCAACUUCUUCAGAACUCGAAGUUUCUUCAAUAAAUGUAUAGAAUAAAAUCGAAACGUCCAUUUGUUCUGCUAUCAUAGUGUAUUGUAUUACCCUGUAAGGAAAUUGGCAUGAACCUAACGUUGCACAUUGCAGUAUUUAUCAUCGUCAUUAUCAUCAUUAUUCUUUUAUUUAUUUACCCG